UUUUUGACUUCCAUUUCAAGAUCUUCACUUAUGCGCAUGUGAGUGUCAGACGUGCUACAAGUCGCGAUAUUCAGCGCAAUGUACGAGGUCGUGGUCGAUAGAACCGGACCGCAGCAAUGCCGUCCAUUGAGGAGGCGAAAAGGCAAGUCAAAGCUGGGCUGAAGAGCCAGCAACGGCACGAAGUAGAUCACGACGCAGUCCUUGCCAGUCUCUGGGACGAGAUCGAUCAUCACAACGAACAGAGAGAAGAGCCUUACGUGCCCGAGCGACAUCGCGAGCGCCAUCGAAGCAGGGAGGAUGGCUCUGGGCGCAAGACAUCCAAGUUCCGCUUCAAGGACGGUGCUGAGCCCAGAAAGCGAAGACACCGAUCGCGAGAUGGAGAGCGUCGAACACAUCGCAAGCACAGGAAAGAGCGACACGAUGAAGCACACUCGAAUGGAGAGGCAGCACACCCGUUCCCGCGAGAGCCUACGAAUCCUGACCGCGACGCAAACGGCAACGCCAAUGCUGCCUUUCAGGAGUCUCUCUUCGACGCGCUCGCGGAUGACGAAGGCGCUGCAUAUUGGGAGAGCGUCUACAGUCAGCCCAUCCACGUCUUCCCGCGCCCCAGCGUGGUCAAUGCCCGAGGCGAGUUGGAAGAGAUGAACGAUGAAGAGUAUGCUGCCUAUGUGCAAACCAAGAUGUGGGAGAAGAACAAUCCUCAUAUUGUGCUUGACCGUGAGAAGAAGGAGAAGCAACGAAAGGAAGAGGAGGAGGAGAAGGCCCGACAGCGAGAGGAGUUCAUCCGGCGCAAGCAGAGAGCAGCCUGGGAACGUGCUCAACACGACGGAGCGAAGAAAUUCGCAGGCGUGGGCCACGACUACGAUUACGUCUUUGACUUCGACGACAGGAAGGGCAGUGCAUCGAAGCGUACCUCUGAAGGGUCUGCGCGUUCGCAAGAGUAUGCUGAUUCGUGGAAGCGAUAUCUGGCUGCCUGGGAUACGCUUAAGCAUGAGCUACUGAAGGGCGAUGACAGCUCCGAACAACAAAAUGAUGCAAAGCCUCCUUCCAAGCGGAUCCCCUGGCCGGUAUUGGAGUCGAAACCAGUGAUAAAGCCGAACAUUGAAGAGUUCAUGCGCAAUAUACCUGUGGAUCCAGAUGGUCGAACUAAGGAGCAGCAGCUCAAAGCUGAACGUGUGAGAUGGCAUCCCGACAAAGUGCAGCAACGCUUCCGAGGACAGGUCGAUGAGGGCACGAUGAAGAUUGUGACGGGGGUCUUCCAAGUCGUAGACGGAUUGCUCGAAGCAGAGCGCAAGGCUUAGAGUGAACGCAACAACUGCAACAUUAGGACUGUGGCACAGCAUAUUCUAUAAUAACAACGUUUACCGCGCG